CAAGCUGUCCUCGGCUACCAUCGAAGAUUAUUACCACAGCACAAUCGCGAUCGACCUCUCCUCAGCUGAAUAUGCAGGCUGGCUGGCAGGUCGCUUAGUCCUCCGCCGGUGACACAGCCAGGGAUAUACGCCCAGUAGCGCUGUGCAACCAUCUCGCACCCCCACGACGUACUACAACAUGAUAUAGUGAGUACCAAAAGGCACCUACCUCAGUUGCGAAGAUGUCUCAGCUUCGAGGAGAGGAUACGCGCCUGGGAAGUCGUCACGCAAUCAUGCACUUCUGCUUGACUUUCAUGACGUUGGUUGAAGGAUUCCGAGGUUUCAUUGAUGAAAUCACAGGACUUGCUUCGAAGCAGGCUCCAGCCACAAUUCACCCCCUGCUCGAACAUAUGCAGGAUAUGUGUGUAGUCUCUUUCCCCGCGAGCCUAAUGCGGCUCUAGCAUCAUGUGGGUGUUGGGCUUGUAUGGGGAGCCUGCAGCUCUCCGGGGCCCCAUCAUUGAUGGGUUGGAGGCCCCCUGGAUGGUGGAUGGUGUGAACCCCGCCCCUCCGCACAGAAUAUUGAGGCUGAUGGAAGAAGGAGUCAUGGUCAUAUAUUGUCGGGGACCGAGUCUGCUCACCUCACCCCGACAUCCCAGCCCCCUGUCUCAGGAGCACGCGACGUUCGAACAGCACUGGCACCUUGCAGCCCUACUUCUGUGGGGCAGUGCCUGAAGACAAGACGAACUAUAGGCACUGCGGAGUGUCCAGGGGUCUUCUGACUUAUCCCUCUGCCCUAUAUUAGUAAAGGCAUCCAACUACCCUAUUCGUUCGAAGCACGGCGGAACCUUGGGAGUGGCUUGUGCCCUGCCUCCUCCUAACAUUGUACCACGUGAGAGAACCACGAUAGCCGAAGGGCUAGGCUGCCGGCCUGUCCUGCAUAUGCUUGUACAACGCUUCUUCCUGCAGUCCAAGUACGGGCUCAGCCACGCGUCUAUCGGUGGCAAAGCAGGGCUGCAGAAGCCAUCAGGCAGGCAUGCUAUAGUCUGGAUAGUAUGACGCAGUUCCGCGUUGACCAGCAAUCUAUCUACCUAUCACUGGGUUCAAUCAUCGUCUCGCGUGCUCGAGCCUUUACUCCCUCCCGUUCCGCGCCUGCUCUCCGUCCCGCGUUUCUUCCCUCCUGGCAGCCUGUGUCUCCACGGAACGGCCCACCUGCGCGCGGCCAAGGAUCGGCACCAACGCGAAUGGCAUUUCCCGGGAGCAUCUCCUAUUGCACGCUUCCGGUUUGAUUCUCUCAGCGCUGAACCUACUACGACGUUGCCGACACUGCGACUACUGCGGAACUUGCCGCAACUCUGAGACACCCCCAGCCUGGCGGAACGGCCGCCGGGAGAAGACCAAUCCACUGGACCAUAUCGAUCAGAUGAGCCAGCAUGUCAGGCCCGCUGGAAGUCAUUGGCGCGGUCUCUGCAGUUGUGCAGCUCAUCGGGGGGGUCUCCUCCGGGCUUCGGACGCUGCGAGAUGCCGUCGUGGCCAUCAAGGACGCACCCAGAGCCGUUCAACGGCUGGAGGAGAAGAUACAGAACCUAGGACACUGUUUUCGAAUGCUUGAGAGAUAUUUUGAGUCCAGACCGUCCAGGAUACCAUUCGAGACACAGCUGUAUGAGCUCAUCCAAGAGAUCGCUGCCAGCUGCACCGCGCCACUGAUGGUUCUCAAGGAGAAAAUACCAACCCGGUCCCAGCUAUCAAAGAAACAUAUAACAGCGGCGUUCGACCUCUGGCUCAACAAUAGCGCAAUCACACAGGCCAAAACCCAGAUCAACGAGUCCAUUCCGUACCUGAACCUUCUACUCCAGACUUUGAACCUUUUCAAAGCCGACCAGGCCGACGAUCUGCUGCGCCAAAUCGCAGCCAGCCUGAACCAGACUGCGCAGCCGCAGCACCCGAUACCACAUCCAAUAGCAGAUCAAAAUGCAGCGUUGUACGAGUUCAAUAGUCAUACCCUGGAGACGACAUUGAGAGGGAUCAGGACAUUUGCCAACGAUGCUACUGCUUUUUACGUACAGUCCGAGAGGACAACGGCCACAUCAUCCAGGUACAUCGGGACUUUACGGCCUGGAGAUACACCUACGGUGAGCAGCACAGUACAAUCACCAACAUUUACGAAGGCGAGGCGACAACUUGAGUUUGAGUGGGAACAGAACAGAAAAGACGUGGAACGCCAUGAAGGCUACGGCCUCUACGAGAAUGCAGAAAAGAUCCAGCGGCGAGCUCUGUCAAUCAAGGAGGAGUUAAGCAACCAGCACGGAGUCCCAUUCUCGCUGGAAGAACGAGAGGAGAUGGAAGAGAAACUAGCCGACAUCCUCAUCGAAUGCAAGACUGAGGGCUCUACAGAGAAAGCAAUCUCUCUCAUUGAGAAAAUUAUCGGGGAGAGCCCCAGAGACAGGGAAACAGACAACAGUGACAACCUGCUCACCUCACCAGGGUCGCCAACAUCCGACGACAAGAAAUUGAGCCUGCAUUACAAGCUAGGGCGGCUAUACAAGUCGACCGGGCAGAUGGACCUUGCCGAGAAGGAGUUGAGGACGGCCUUCAACGCCUACGCCGAGGAGUGCCCCCAAGACACGGCAAAGAUACGCGAGGCGGGGGAAGAGCUCCUGGAACUGUACGACAUCCGGGUCGAGUUCGGCGACAGGGAGCACCGGCCCGUGUUCCUGUCGCAGCUGCACGGGUUCAAGCAGGAACUCCAGUCCCUGACGGGGCGGCCCCUCGAGCACCGCCAGACGACGUGCGACAGGGCCCUCGCGUGGUGCGACGAGAAGGGCAUCGCCGUGGCCCGGGAGAACGACCAGCCGCGGUUCGACCUCCUCGGCGAGGACAACUCGUCACCGCUGCACCACGCCGCGGAAUCCUGCACGGACGAGCUGGCGCUGCAGCAGAUGAUGGAGAACUCGGACACGCUCGAGAGCCGCGACGGCCACGGCGACACGCCGCUGCUCGCCGCCGUGGGCGCGUCCAACACGGCGGCGCUCGGGAUCCUCCUCCAGAAGGGCGCCAGCGCCAGCGCCCGCGACAGCCAGGGCCAGACGGCCCUGCACAGGAGCCAGAAGCCCGCCGUGACCAAGUUCCUGCUGCACCACCGGCUGCGGCGCGCCAGCACCAUGACCUCGGGCCUGUUCGACGACGCCGCGGCGGCGGCGGCGGUGGCGAGGCGGUUCUCGUCCAGCUCCUCCUCGGCCUCGACCUUGACGACCUCGCCGCCCGGCUCGGUCUCAGACGACGGCGGCCUCGACAUCAACGCCCAGGACGCCACGCGCAAGACGGCGCUCUACCUGGCCUGCUGGCAGGGCCGCGCCAGGAUCGUGAGCCUCCUGCUCCUCGCGGGCGCGGACCCCAACAUCGCGGCGCACGGGGACACGCCCCUCAGCAUCACGGUCGAGUCGCAGGCGCGCGCGUACGCCCGCGACCCGGGGAGGAAGGUCGACAUCGUCGCCGCGCUGGUGGCGAGGGGCGCCGACCCGGGGCCCGGGAGGCGCCGCCUCCUCCCCGCCGCCGGGGGCCCGGGCCCGCGCGGCAUGCAGAGGGAGAUCCUGAGGGCGCUCGAGGGCGGCCGCGCGGGGGCCGCGGCCCAGGCCCAGCUGCUCCUCCAGCCCUCCCUGGUGUCUGAGACGUGGACGGCGGCGGCGGCGCCCGAGGGUGGCGGUGCGCCUUCGCCCCCUCGGAGGGACAGCGGGUACCAGCCGUCGCUGUCGUCGUCGUCUGUCGCGAGCGGCAAGCCGCAGAUCGAGCACCUUGACUUUGGGCCGGCUCUUCUGACGGAGGAGUUCAAGCCGGACUGAGCACAUAAUCGACACUGGAUAAUAUCUUGUGCCCCGGAUGUAGGUGGUGGGGGUAUUUCACGUCACGAGAUAUAGGCCAUCGCCCUUGACGAUGCAACAGCCGCUCCUCAGAACCCGUGCUGGCUUUUGGGGUUACUCUGGGGUUAAAGCAGCACAUUCAUCCCACAGCGGGGGCUUGUCGAUGUCGAUAUUCGCACAAUGUUGCGGGUGAAGUUGUGCCCAGGGGUUCGGUCGCGCACGACCAAUUUACCACAACCUUGGAAGCCUUCUGACCCUAGGCUCUAUAUACAACAGACUCGAGUGGAGGAGAGAGAGAGGAGGUUGGGAUAGCAGAAGAUCCCGGCUUUGAGCGAAAAGUCCAGGUGGUAGAGGGAGAAAGUCGCCUCGAGGUACGGGCUUGAAAGUUAUCAAAUAGCAGAAACCUCGGCCUGGCUUCUGGGGACGCGAGAAUCCCUACACUGUAGGAGAAAGCGAUGGGGAAGGCAGGUCGGCUACAUUCUAUGAUGGGCGUGCGUGACUGGGCCGGUGCGUGUACAUACAUGUAUUGCAUGUUGAUACAACCUCUGUGUUUUGCUUUUCGUUGUAUUCUUUCCGAGGACAAUACCCGAGCUUCCAGAGAUAUAGUUCUAGAUCAAAACCAUGGCGAUGUACAGCAAUGUGCCGGCGAAGGAAUU